GAAGGGAGUGGCUACCUACUGGAGCUUCGACCAACCACCACCGGUCAAUUCUGCUUUGGGGCCAACCCUUACUCUACCAUUAUUAUAGGGGUAUGGGGCUCGAGACAAAGAAAGAUCAAGGCAGCAUAUCAGUUUUUCCUUUAUACUUUACUUGGAUCUGUUUUUAUGCUAUUAGCUAUUCUGUUGAUUCUUCUCCAAACAGGAACCACCGAUUUACAAAUAUUAUUAACCACAGAAUUUAGUGAGCGGCGCCAAAUCUUUCUAUGGAUUGCUUUUUUCGCCUCUUUCGCCGUCAAAGUGCCUAUGGUACCAGUUCAUAUUUGGUUACCCGAAGCUCAUGUAGAGGCACCUACGGCAGGAUCCGUCAUCUUGGCAGGAAUUCUUUUAAAAUUGGGAACCUACGGGUUUUUAAGAUUUUCAAUACCCAUCUUUCCCGAAGCGACACUUUGUUUCACUCCUUUCAUUUAUACUUUAAGCGCGAUUGCUAUAAUAUAUACUUCCUUGACUACUUUAAGACAGAUCGAUCUUAAGAAGAUCAUUGCUUACUCCUCAGUAGCUCAUAUGAAUCUGGUGACUAUUGGUAUGUUUAGUCUGAACAUACAGGGAAUUGGAGGUAGCAUUUUACUGAUGUUAAGUCAUGGACUGGUUUCUUCAGCCCUUUUUCUAUGUGUUGGUGUUCUAUAUGACCGACAUAAGACUCGACUUGUUAGAUAUUAUGGAGGUUUAGUGAGCACCAUGCCGAAUUUCUCUACCAUUUUCUUCUUUUUUACUUUGGCCAAUAUGAGUUUACCUGGUACUAGCAGCUUUAUUGGGGAAUUUCUUAUCUUAGUAGGAGCUUUCCAAAGAAAUAGCUUAGUAGCCACAUUAGCGGCGCUUGGGAUGAUUUUAGGCGCGGCCUAUUCCCUUUGGCUAUAUAAUCGUGUGGUUUCUGGGAAUUUAAAACCCGAUUUCCUCCAUAAAUUCUCCGAUCCAAAUGGCAGAGAAGUUUCCAUAUUUAUACCUUUUCUUGUUGGAGUUGUUCGGAUGGGUGUUUACCCCAAAGUGUUCCCGGACCGCAUGCAUACAUCCGUAAGUAACUUAGUGCAACAUGGCAAAUUUCAUUGAGAGGAAUCAGCAAAGAAAAGAAAAAGGGGUCAACAUCAACAUGUGUAUUUGAGAGAUUGUCCUCGGGGAGUGUCCACAUGAGUUCGUUGAGGUGUCUAUACAGGCCUGCAGUCUCCUUCUCAUGUACAAAUCUACUCGUAGCAUAGACUUGAUCGAUCACCACAUUUCUAUCCAUUAAGUAGGUUUUUCUUUCCUUUGCAAUCAUUCAAUUAGAAAUCCGAGAAAACCCCCAUCUUUCUCUCCUUUAGUUAAGGGGGGGCGGUAGGACGGGCUGAACACAACCUUGCCCUGUCUUCACACUCGUUAAUUUGUUUAUUCAUGAAUCGUAUGGAUUGAAACGUCUGCCUUACCAAUUCAGUGGAUGCUCGGAUUUUCUCAUUCAAGGGCUCCUCUCCUUCUUUUAGUCAAUAGGGCGAGCUUGAGCCUUUAAAGCUUUCCCUCCUUUAGUCAAUAGGGCGAGCUUCAGACCUUCACCUUUUAGUCGUUUCGUUCUUCACCCGAAGGAAAAAGUUCUGAACACUUCGUUCGAGCCUCUUUCCGAACCUCCCACUGCUUAUGGACCCGAACCUGGGUGAUCUAUCCAUGACCAGGAUGAAGCUUGGGUGAAACUAAGUGGAGGUCCGAACCGACUGAUGUUGAAGAAUCAGCGGAUGAGUUGUGGUUAGGGGUGAAAUGCCAC